AUGUCGGACAUUGCAAUAGAGGACCAAGUAUCACUUCUCUCGACAAGGUCGGUACGGCCUUCGCCAGAUACACUCACUAAACUUAUCAAACGCAUCCGGGCGCUCACUCUCAAGCUGUUACCUCUCGAAGUCGAGCUAGAUGCCAUCACUGACCCUACCUCACGGGUCAUUACGCCUGCAGUAAUCUCAGCUUAUGUCGAAGCUGCGGGUGAUUUUGGCGAAGCACUUCCCUACUGCCUUUUGCGUGCAAGACAAUCGUUUAUAUGGGACGCAAACCAUGACACGGCUGAUUACGGAGAGAAUAUGAGCCGUGCCAUGGCAUGCGAAACCUUAGCGAGACGAAUCCUCCAUACCGUUCCCCCAGAUCGUCUGGAUGACAUUAUGUCUUGUCGAUUCCAACACGCCGAGUGGGACGGGGACAACAGCGCACUGAGCUCGGCGCUGGAACUUGCGAUUGACCAACAAGCCACUGUAUUCUUAUCUUGCUCCGAGGCUCAACAUGGCAAGUUUGGUCGCAUUUGUUUCACAUACUCCUUAAUAUUCAUCCGCGUACAGUUGUGGAUUCAUUAUGGAGAGGAGACUGGAUUCAAGUUAAUGGAGAGAACAACCGAAUCGAAUACGAAGAAUACAGGUUCAAGCGUGAUGGGUCCUUCUGGUCUCAUAUCGAACCUUCCCGUCUUUCUGUUCCUCGGUAUCAAAACUUCUUCCGCAUUACGCUUUGGUACGCUGGUGUUUUUGUUCAUCUAUUCUCGAGCUAUUCAACAGCCGAUCGAACAGAACCGUCAACCCCGCCAUCCAUUGGACGAAUGGGAGGUUCUUUUGUAUGUGCAAGCACUAGCCUACUCGAUGGAAGAAUCCCACAAAUUGUACAAAAUACUCCGUUACUUCACCUGGCGUGCUUUCACUUUCUGGCGUGUUGUAUCACUCAUUACGUAUGCACUUCUCAUCGCUGCAUUCGUCACUCGCCUUUGGGGACUCUAUGCACCGGACGAUAACCAGAGUUCUAUGUUGAAGCUUAGGAGUUUCCAACUACUGAGUUGCGUGAGCCCGCUCAUUUGGAUGAAACUCGUUACUGUUGUGGAAGGUUUCAAGUAUGUGGGGACAAUGCAGAUAUGUGUCUCAAGAAUGUUGCAAGAAUCUACCAUCUUCUUCGUGCUCUUAUCGAUCUUGGGCAUCGGAUUUGCUCAAGGAAUGUAUGCACUAGAUGCUGCAGAUGGGGUGACGGAUCACGGAUCGACCGUUAUUAACACGCUAUUGCAAGCUCUGCUACAAGCCCCGGAUUUUGAACAACCCGCGACGAGCAACUUUGGGCUUGUCUUGUAUUACAUGUGGAACGUUGCGACAACCGUCAUCCUUCUCAAUAUCCUAAUCUCACUAUUCUCUUCUGCCUACGAAGAUAUUACAGACGACGCAGAGGCGCAUUUUAUGGCUUUCUUUGCAGGGAAAACAAUCGGGAUGAUUCGAGCCCCGGACAACUAUGUAUAUCCUGCGCCUUUCAAUCUUAUCGAGAUAUUCUUAGUUGCACCAUUCGAAUUGAUACUACACCGCAAGGCUUACGCCAAGCUUAAUCGCCGUGUUAUGUUUGUGAUGUUUUUCAUCCCCCUCACGUUUAUUGCUCUAUUCGAGGCCUACUUGGAUACCAGCCGAAAUGCCUAUAUGCGGCAUAUGUUCAGUGCCACGCAAGACGGAGAGGAUGAAGAUCCCAAUAAUCGAGACCCACAGGUUACAGAAGAAGAUGGUCUGGUGAUCUCCAAGAAAUCGUUUGAUGAGAUAGUAAAGGCUUUCCCGAAUUCGUUCUUGUCCAGCGAAGCGACAAUCAUGCAAGAGCUGCAUUCUCUACGGAAUCGUAUGGAGGAGCUGUUCCGACAAUUGGAAGACAAGAAGGUCGCAAAGGCAACAACCUAA